CCCUAAAACCACCCCACCGCCAUAGACUCUAUUCCCGAUUUUCCUCACCGACUCCAUCCAUCUCUCGAUUCUUCUUCUGUAUUUUCAAUUCCAUCCAAAACUCAAACGCUCCAAUAUAGGAAUAUCUUCAGCCAUCCGCUAUAUUUAUCUGUAUAACCCACCGCCCAUACACACUUGUCUCGAUGCUUCCCACCGCCUCUAGAAAACCCUCACCCACUUAAAACCAGUCUUGGGAACGAUAUAGCCACAGGUCGGCGACGAAUGGAUCGACAACUCCUUCCAUCAUCUUCACCAGGUCUAUGGUUCUUCUACUUCACGCAACCGUCCGGUUGCACGACUUUUUCUCUCUCCUUUAAUCCUCUUCUUCUGCAAUUCCGAUCCUCACCCGACGCUUUAUUACAAAAUACAAUGACCGCAUCUGGUGUUUCUCUUUAUUUUUAUGUAUUCCUUCGUUUUGGGGUACGAUUCCGUCGCCCUACAGAGAAAUCGAAGCAAAAUUAGUUCAGCAAUUGAAAUGGGUCGGUUCUCUUUGCUUUUGAUCGAUCGUGGUUGAACCUGGAAACCUCCCGUGAAGAACCCUAAAUUCGUCGAUUUUGCCCUGCUCCUUCUCUAUUCGAUUACGCCCCCAAUCAAUGAUGAUUCUAUUGAAGACGAGUACAAUUUGUUUGAAGCGUCCAAUUUUUAUUUUAGGGUUUUCCAAUUCUUUCGGUACAGAAUUUGUCCAUAAAAGAAAGAAUGAAAGAUGAGGAAGAACAGAAAAAGAGGAGACGAUAUCGGAAAAAUUGAUGUUUAUGCUGACCAAUCGCCGUUCUUGACGCUGAUUGCCAUCGCUUGGAGCUUUCAACGUGCAGGUGAGGCAUGUGCAACCUGAAAUCGAUGCUAGAAGAUCACAAUGACCAAAUGCAGUGUAUUGGUCGGACGUUGCUCGGAACGAGUAUUGAAAGUCAAAUCAAAAGGAUCGACACCAUACCUUGAAUAUAGUAAGGUUGCCAGGAUGAGAGAAUCCUUGAGUCAUCGAAUUUAUUUAGGAGUAUGUUUAUUUUCAUGGUUUUUUAUGCAGUACAAUAUAAAGGAAGGCAUUGUAGAUCUUAAUAAUGACAUCUGGCAGACAUACAAAAUCGAGUGA